GAAGCGACCGGUUGCCAUGGCGACUUUGUACACAGCCGGGCUGCAACUCUUGGAGUGUCCAGAUAGCGUGCAGAUCUUGGGUCUCUGCAGUUGGCAGCCGUCACACUCGGGGAGCGCCGCUGCCUCGGGAGCGUAGUGACUGAAGAUGGACCCACACAUGGAGAUUCAGCUACCCUCUGACUUCCAGCCAUGACCAUCACUACCAACCACCAUUCCUUGAGCACCUGCUGUGUGCUGAGCACUGUUCUGGAUAUUGUGGGGGGAUUCAAAAGAGAUAAAAGGCACAUUCCUUGCUCUCAAGCAGCUUGUAAUUUGGGAGCUGAAAUCCACACAAAUGAAGCGACGUAAGAACAGUAACAAGCAGUAUUUCUAUUAAUUUUCUAAAAAACAGUAAGUCUGAAUGAUCCCAUAGUGGCUAGGAAAAGAAGAUCAUGAAAUAGUGAACUGAGGAAUGUAAGAAGUGUACAUACACUCUACAGUAGGCAAAUAUCUAGGAUGGGUACUAGGAAAAAGGUUCAUGCAUUUGUCCGUGUCAAACCCACUGAUGACUUUGCUCAUGAAAUGAUCAGAUAUGGAGAUGACAACAAAAGCAUUGAUAUUCACUUAAAAAAAGAUAUUAGGAGAGGAGUUGUCAAUAAUCAGCAGACAGACUGGUCAUUCAAGCUGGAUGGGGUUCUGCAUGAUGCCUCUCAGGACUUGGUUUAUGAGACAGUUGCAAAGGAUGUGGUUUCUCAGGCCCUCGAUGGCUAUAAUGGCACCAUUAUGUGUUAUGGGCAGACGGGAGCUGGCAAGACAUACACCAUGACGGGGGCCACUGAGAAUUACAAGCACCGGGGGAUCCUCCCUCGUGCUCUGCAGCAGGUUUUUAGGAUGAUUGAAGAGCGCCCCACACAUGCCAUCACUGUGCGCGUUUCCUACUUGGAAAUCUAUAAUGAGAGCCUGUUUGAUCUCCUCUCCACUCUUCCCUAUGUUGGACCUUCCGUCACACCAAUGACCAUCGUGGAAAACCCUCAAGGGGUCUUUAUUAAGGGCUUGUCAGUCCACCUCACAAGUCAGGAGGAGGAUGCGUUCAGUCUCCUUUUUGAGGGAGAGACCAACAGAAUAAUAGCCUCCCACACAAUGAACAAAAACUCAUCCAGGUCUCACUGCAUUUUCACCAUCUACAUGGAGGCCCAUUCCCGGACAUUAUCAGAUGAAAAAUAUGUUACUUCCAAAAUUAACUUAGUGGAUCUGGCAGGCUCAGAGAGGCUGGGGAAGUCUGGGUCCGAGGGUCGAGUCCUAAAGGAAGCCACCUACAUCAACAAGUCGCUGUCCUUCCUGGAGCAGGCCAUCAUUGCCCUUGGGGACCAUAAGCGGGACCACAUUCCUUUCCGACAAUGCAAGCUCACUCAUGCCCUGAAGGACUCCUUAGGGGGAAACUGCAAUAUGGUCCUUGUGACAAACAUCUAUGGAGAAGCUGCCCAGUUAGAAGAAACGUUAUCUUCACUGCGAUUUGCCAGCAGGAUGAAGCUGGUCACCACUGAGCCUUCCAUCAAUGAAAAGUACAAUGCUGAGCGAAUGGUCAAGAACCUGGAGAAGGAGCUGGUAUUGCUCAAGCAGGAGCUGGCUAUCCACGACAGCCUAGCCAACCGCACCCUCGUGACCUAUGACCCCAUGGAUGAAGUCCAGAUUGCUGAGAUCAACUCCCAGGUGCGGAGGUACCUGGAGGGAACACUGGACGAGAUCGAUAUAAUCAACCUCAGACAGAUCCAGGAGGUGUUCAACCAGUUCCGGGUGGUUCUAAGUCAACAGGAACAGGAAGUGGAGGCGGCCUUACGCAGGAAAUACACUCUUAUAGACAAGAAUGAUUUUGCAACCAUUUCUGCUGUCCAGAAGGCAGGGCUUAUGGAUGUUAAUGGCCACCUAGUAGGUGAACCUGAUGGACAAGGCUUUGGACUUGGAAUUGCCCCUUUCUCUACCAAACCUGGGAAGAAAUCUAAGUCCAAGAAGACAGCCAAAGAUCAGCCCAGCUCAUCAGCAAGAAAGGAAGGUGUCAGCAGCCCUGUGAGUGGCAAGGACCUAGAUAUGAUUUCCACCUCCAAGACCCAACUGGUUCCAUCCUCUAAGGAUGGGGAUGUCAAAGACAUGCUUUUGCGGGACCGGGAAACUUCUAGCAUUGAGCCCCUUCCCUCGGAUUCCCCAAAGGAGGAAUCACGCCCACCCAGGCCUAGCACCCCACCCUCCAAGCCAGUGGCCUUUGAGGACUUUAAGAAUGAGCGAGGUAGUGAGAUCAACCGCAUCUUCAAAGAAAAUAAGUCCAUCUUGAACGAACGAAGGAAAAGGGCCAGUGAGACCACACAGCGCAUCAAUGUCAUCAAGCGAGAAAUUGAUGUGACCAAGGAAGCAUUAAAUUUCCAGAAGUCACUACGGGAGAAGCAAGGUGAGUACGAGAACAAGGGGCUAAUGAUCAUCGAUGAAGAGGAAUUCCUGCUGAUUCUGAAGCUCAAAGACCUCAAGAAGCAGUACCGGAGCGAGUACCAGGACCUGCGUGACCUUAGGGCUGAGAUCCAGUACUGCCAGCACCUGGUGGACCAGUGUCGCCACCGCCUGCUCAUGGAAUUUGACAUCUGGUACAAUGAGUCCUUUGUCAUCCCUGAGGACAUGCAGGUAGCACUGAAGCUGGGCACCAACAUCCGGCCAGGCAUGGUGCCUGUCAGCAGGAUUGUGUCUCUGGGAGAAGAUGAUCAGGACAAAUUCAGCCAGCUUCAGCAGACGGUACUACCUGAGGGACCUGAUGCCAUCUCCUUCUACAAUGCCAAAAUCAAGACAGAACAGAAGCAUAAUUACUUGAAAACCAUAAUAGGCCUCCAGCAAGCACAUAAAAAAAUAGUCUCAUCAUCAGUACCUUGAAGUUCCUUCAACUCCAACCUACUUUAAUGGAGCUGCAGAAUCAUCUGGAAGCUCUAACCACUUUGCUUCCAGUCUGUGACCCAGCACAGAGAACACAUAAUGGCUUGCCUGCUAGGAAAGGCAUCGUUCAAAGGACGCCCUUGCUCAUCUCCACAGAACACUUUGGGUUUUAAUUCACUGUCUUAUAUGCAGGGACAGAUAAAAUUACUUUCUAGUUUGGA